UCUCUUGGUGUAUCUGCCGGGUUUCCUGUGUGAAAUGGGAGGCAUUGGGGAACGGGAUUUUCCAUGAUUCUUUCUUGGAAGUGUAAUUAAGAGGACUUGCUGAAAUUUUAAUCUAUGGUGGCCUGUAACCCUUUCCAGCUUUCACUUGGAAUAGCCCACCACUCUGGCCUCUCCAUGGAAGCAUCUGUGUAUAUCUGAUAUUAGGACCAUAUACAGAAGUUGAGGAGGGGGAUGGCUCUUCAUAUUCAUGAAGCCUGCAUAUUUCUGUUGCUAAUUCCUAGUUUGGUCACUCCAGCUGCCUUCAACCAUGAAGACUACCCUGCUGAUGAAGGUGAUCAAAUCUCAAAUAAUGAUAAUAAUCUGAUAUUUGAUGACUAUCGAGGGAAAGGUUGUGUGGAUGACAGUGGUUUUGUAUACAAACUGGGAGAGCGGUUUUUUCCAGGGCAUUCCAACUGUCCAUGUGUCUGUACUGAGGAUGGACCUGUUUGUGACCAACCAGAAUGCCCCAAAAUCCACCCAAAGUGUACUAAAGUAGAACACAAUGGAUGCUGUCCGGAAUGCAAAGAAGUGAGGAACUUUUGUGAAUACCAUGGGAAAAGCUACAAAAUAUUGGAGGAAUUUAAGCCCUCUCCAUGUGAAUGGUGUCGCUGUGAGCCCAGCAAUGAAGUUCACUGUGUUGUAGCAGACUGUGCCGUUCCUGAAUGUGUCAACCCAGUCUAUGAACCAGAACAGUGUUGUCCAGUCUGCAAAAAUGGUCCAAACUGCUUUGCAGGAACCACCAUCAUUCCGGCUGGCAUCGAAGUGAAAGUGGACGAGUGCAACAUCUGUCACUGCCACAACGGGGACUGGUGGAAGCCUGCUCAGUGUUCCAAACGCGAAUGCCAAGGCAAGCUGACUGCAUAGGGCAAAAUCCCAAGCAACAAGGAGUGUGUGUCCAAUGUAACGGCUUCUACACUGCACAUGUUAAAUCUGCCAGCUGCAAUAGGGUCACCAGCAAAACCUUUAAGGGUUUAACAAAAGUGAAUAUUUUACUAAUGGGCAAGUUUUCUCCCUGUAUAGAUAUUUAACCUACCACAGCAAGCAGCACAGAUUGAUGGCUAGCAAAAGGACAUCCUACAGAGGUUCUUCCUCCAACCUGCCAACUGAGUUACAGCUCAUUUUAGCUCUUCACAUCUGUGACAUCAAUAUCAUUCAUGGUUUUGUGAGCUUCAACAUCUUCUUUUCCCCCCUCGGAGCCAGGGUAGUUGGAACACGCAAGUUAAAUGAGGAUGGUUCAGGAAUGAAAUGCACUUUUUAAAACCAGUGGGAGAGAGGAUGCAGGAAGAAGGAGGACCUUCAAGAAUAUAAUGGAUGCACAGAUAUACAGCAACCAGGCACCCUAGGAGCCUUCUGUAUAUGUUAUGCUUUCUCCACCACGUGGGGACAAUUGAAUUGAAGAAAUGUAUACAUCAUAAUGACAAAGGAUACAGGCUAAAGUGUCAGGCAACCAGUAUAUAGGUAGAUAACCUCAAUGUCCUUGAAAUAGUUUAUGUGACUCAAGAAAGCCAGCACUAACUGACAUCCCUCCAUAUACCUUAAUGCCUCCCCUUAUGUUGCAUUCCUGUUUCUUCCCACUCCACUUAUUUUGUUGUAGGCUCUGUAAGGGAGGAAAGGGGAGAAGGAACAUUAGAUUUCUACAUUGCCAGCUUGCUCCCUGCCUCUAUUUGACUGUCAGAGAAGGGAAGAGGAAGCCCACCUGAGGCAUGUAGUCAGACGCUACAAGUAGACUCCAGAAAUAAUGGCACCUUCUUUGCCCUCCCACACAUACCAAGUAACAUGAUAUUGAAAGUUGCAAUCAACAGAUUUUAUGGGAUAAUAAAUGAAAUGAUGUUGUAAUAAAUAACAAGAUGAAAGAUGAAAAAAUCUUUUUUAAUAAUUUCAGUGGCACCUUUAAGAUCAACAAUAUAAGCUUUCAAGGUAUGAGCUUUUGUGUGUAGUACACAUUUUGUCAGAUACUCUGAAGCAGAGGUCGCUUCAACCUUAUAACUGUUGAUUACUGUUAUGGCACUUGGUUCCACAGGGAAGGGCAUGACAGAUCAACAUGGCUAUCCACCUGAAUCUGUAGUUAUGGAAGGCACCACAUUGAGCUGCAUGAAAUGGAAGUCCAUCAACCUUAUAAAAAAAACUCGCACAGGUACAGACUGAUAUUUUAUUUCUAACUAAAUGCAAAAAUUUGGAUAUUAUACCUAAAGGUCUCAGAGCUUAUAUUUAGUUGAUAUUAAAGGUGCCACUGGAAUUAUUUAAAAAGAUUUUUUCAUCUUUCAUAUUUAUUAUGACUAUGACAGAUCAACACAGCUAUCCACCUGAAUCUGAAAUGAUGUUGGAACAGGAAAACAUCAAUGAAAGGGUUUCCAUCCAUGACUAACCGUUACAUUCUUCAUCAGUACUUUAAGGGGGAAACUAUGGAAAAUACACGUCAUCCCAAAUUCCUAAGGCAUGGGACUUCAACAGGCUCACAUAAGGGACUGGUUUGACCAUCUGUGAUGUCUGAAACCAAAGUAAACAAUCCCAUGUAAUACAAUGUUGAUUUCCUCCAAAGCUAAAAUUCCAUUUUCUCGGCAGUUUUCCUGAGUUAUAUCUGUAUUUACCUUGUUUCACUAUCAUCUAGGUUUUGCCUCUAAAGACUGGUCCUCUGUGUGCCAUUUCCAGCAUUCACUGAAGGUAAUGGCAGUAUUUUGAACUAAUUCAGUAAGACCAGGUUUUGGCACACUGCUCUUCCUCAAGAGCAGAUCUGAAUAGGAAACAGCUCUGCUUGCUGGCAUUUUCUUGUACGGCAGUAAAAUAUUUGAUGAAGUAAACAUGUUAGUGUCCAAAGCCUGUAAUUGCCAAAGCCACUCUGGAAAGCCUAGUGGCAACAGCUAGCUUGCAGCAGCAUGGAACAGGUUGGAACCAGGUCCACAAUUAACAUAUCCCACAGUUUUUCUUAAGAGCUUGGUGAGGUAUGCCUCAUGCUCCACAGAGAGAGAUUUGUGUUCCUGGGAAUGCCCUUGGUCUUCUUCUUGUCUCAGAGUAGGAUCAUCUUGCUAAGUGGGAAGGACGAUUUUGCAAUAGAAGGCAAGUAUUUAGGGCCCAAGUUUGUGGAGGACUUGUAGUACGCCUGCAGCAAAUGUUUGUAGAGAUGGAGGGGAUAUUAGUUGGGUUUUCCUCAAAAUCAAUUGAUUGUGGGUAGGAUUGCUUUGUUGGGAACUAGAUCCAGCUUAAAAUACAACCUCUACACCUUGCUUCAACAAACCACAUUUCUCCAGUAGGCCAUAGCUGCCAUUGUCUUGCCUCCAACCCCAUUAAGCCAUGGUAAGGGAUGGUCGAGAAAGCCAAUUCCGUUUGAAUUUAGAGAGGAACCUACUUAAUUGGCCGUUUCUGAAACUAUUCAAAGGAUGGUUACCCUCUGAAAUCCACAAAUCUCCAAAUUUUGCAGUGCAGUUCUCCAGCUAUGUAAUGCAUCUGAAAACACAUAUAUUAGUGAAAAUAGCAUACAUAAAUGAAUCACAUUAUUUUGCAACAAUAUGUAUAUUGGGCAAAAUUACAUAUAAAUGUGUGUAUUAUGAGAAAAUUGCAUUAAAAUGCUGGUGAAUUUUCAUGAAGACUUUAAAAAGAUUCAGAAAUUAAUGUGGAAGUGUGGAGAAUGGAAAAAAUGAGAGAAACCAAAAUUGACAGAUCCAACCAUUCCUCACCAUGACUGCCAGACCAUUCAUGAUUUCUCUCCCUCAUCUGUCUCUCACACAUACGCACACAACAUGCAAUAAGCACCUUGAUUUCAGUUCCUAGCCACCUGGUCUUUUCUUUCAAUUGGGGCUACCCCAUUCCAAUGUUAGUGUUGUUAUUAAGUUUUGAGUGAGUCCAGUCCCACAGGCAUUUCUCCCCUCCCCACAAGUCACAUCCUUCUGUUUCUAACCAGGUCCAUGCCCCUGGCCUCAGAGUGCUCAGCCGGCCAGGUGCCUCGCUUGGACUUACGCUGUCAUGCCAAGACAAAACUCCCACCCAGACAAGCUCUGCAUGGGCCUGUUUCUAACUAUACUGGUUGGUUGGUUGGUUGGUUGGUUGACAGAAAUUAGUUUGUAAGAUUUGGCAUGCAGGUCAGGAGUAUGUAGGCAGCUGCUCACACAUAAGCAAGCAAUUUCCCCCCAUUUUGGAGUGUGCGUCAUGCAUCACCCUGCAAGCAAGAAUGCCGUUUCAUCUUCAGAGCUCUCCCUCCUCCUUUCUAAGGGCAUCCUCUUCUCAGUAUUUUUUUCAUUGCUUUCAGCUGCCCCCCCCCGCCCCCAGGUUUAUCAAGUCAUAGAAGAAGGCUUUUUGAACCUAUGUGCUGUUAACUACAGCCACAUAAUCAUGGGUGCAGUAAAAAGAUCACUAAACCAAACCUUUAACCUUAAAGUGGAGCCCUCCCUCUUCUAGCACACCAGACCCUGCAGUGCAGGAGGUCAGGGAAU